GGAAAUCCCCCAAAUUUUCAUGCGUAUUAAUACAGGGUGAAUGCCAUUUACCCUGUGUUUACCUUACAUGAGCACAUCUCUUGGACUGGCCGGCCAGCUCGAGCUCAAGGGGAUAAGAAAGUCUUGAAGUACAAAGUGAAGAGAUUGGUUGAAGCAUGGCAACUGAAGGUGACGCUGUAGCUGUAGAGUCAGUGGAUUCCCUCAUCAGGGAAAUAUCUGACCACAUUGGACGUGGCUGGAUGGUCCUGGCUAGAAGUCUUGGAUUCAUGGAAACCGACAUCCAGGCAAUUGAAUAUUCCAAUGAACGGGACCUCAAAGAGCAAAUCCAUCAGUUUUUCUAUCAGUGGAAGCGAAGAGAUGGACAAGAAGCGACUCGAGACAAGCUCUAUGCUGCCUUAUACGACGGUGAAUUAGAGGAGCUCCUGAAAAAACUGGACAAAACAGAUGUUAAAAAAAGUGACCCACUUCCUAACGUCCCUCCUACCCCACCACAACUAGUAACUGUUCUGGAUCCUGAUGCCGUACCUGACUCGACAACCACCACUGGCCAAAAUUCUCCUGCUAGCAUCAGCAGACUUAUAACCAGCCCUCCUAAUAGGCUAGAUACUAAUGUUUUACCUGACUCAACAACUACUACUGGACAACAUUCUCCCCUGGCUGUACAGAACUCACCAAAUUUGCAUCAAAACAAUCUGGACACCCCCACACAGAGCCCAGAGAGUGAUCAAGAGUUUGUGAGGCGAAAACGACUUGAAAAGCUGGCUUCCAACUUGUCAAAUAACUCCGACUCAUCUGGAAAUGGAGGUGCACAGAAUAGACUUUCAUUUCCCGAGGCCCCUCCUCCUAGUUUGAUACCCGCAAGCCUCCAGGAAAAUGCCACACCUACUCUCCCCCGGAGGAUUCCUGGGAGAUCACCGUCUGUUUGUCCGUUCGAGCUAGAUGAUAUGGUGAUGGUGGAGAGACGUGACGCUGCAGCUUGGUGCGGAGUGGUGAGGUGGAUUGGGGAACUUCCUGAGACACUAGGGCAACCUGUGGCUGGAAUUGAAAUGGAAGAUGAGGUACCUGGUGGUGGAGAUGGGAGUAAGGAUGGUGAGAGAUAUUUCUACUGUACCAAUGGACGUGGAGUCUUUCUACCGGUUCGAAUGCUCAAAAAGGACAACCGAUUUGAUAACAUCGAUAGUUCAUCAUCGAAUUCCCCUCCUCCCAAUCAAGGAACCCCUGAGCCUCAGAGUAAUACAGCCUCCUCUGAAAGUGCUUUGAAUGAUUUUCUAUCCCAUCCUUUUGCUGCUGGUUGGCGGUCGCCUGAAGAAGUUCUCAAGCAGGCCGGACUGAACAUAUCUCCAAAUGUAUCUAGUGAUCUCGAGACGAACCUCUCUGAGGGUGAAGAACGAGUGCUAGUGUUCACUGUCCCCACUGAUCACACUGGCAUCAUUAUCGGACGAGAAGGAAGAAACAUUCAAGCUGUCGAAAGGGAAACAAACACCAUAAUUAAGAUGGAGAGAGACUAUGGUGGAUUGAGUGGUGUCAAGAGAGGAGUGAUUCGUGGCAGUGAAGAGAACAGGAAAAGAGCACUACAGAUGAUUCUGGACCGACUCAAGAAGCAAGUGUACCAGCGUACUGCCAAGGCCGAAACAAUUCAAAUUCCAAAUAACAAAGUUGGUCUAAUCAUAGGAACCAAAGGUCAAACUAUCAAUGCAAUCAGGAGCCUCUCUGGUACCAACAUUGAUAUCAAAGAUGGACCUACAGGACUGGAGUCAUUUUCUUUAUUUGGAUCCCAAACUCGAGACUGUACGAUAACUGGCUCAGAAGAAGACAUUGAGAAAGCAAAGAAACUCAUUCGAAUUGCAGAGGAUGGCGGGAACAUUGUCGUAGGAGCUACAUUGGCAGCGCUCAUAGCAGACCUAGCCUCUCUGCAGGUGACAGUGGAGGAACGCAAUAACAAUUAACUCUUGUUUGUUUUAUUAGUAUAUAUUUGCUCAGUUGCAUGUUUUAUUGCAACAUAAAAAAUUAUUUUUGUAUAUAUAUAGCUGUUAUCAUUAGUGUGACUUUUCCUUUCUUAAAUGUUCAAUACUUGGCAUAAUUAUAACUUCA